ACGGCAGAGCACGCCGCUGGAGGUCAGGGGCACGAUGAAAAGGAUUGAGUAAUGUUGUAAAGAAACAAACGGGCUUUUCACCUGAAAAAUUCACUCAAGAUACAACACACGCACCGUGAGGACAGUCUCACUUGGUGGCAUUGGAUCCAGACGCUCGCCGUUCAUCGUUUCGUCUUGGAUUUUGAGCUUUGCGACAUAGCUAACGUUAGCUAGCUAGGCCGGUUCGACAGGAAGCCCCUUCCUGGAUCCAGUUUUCUCCAGGUGACCCCCUGGAUCUUUAUUUUUAACCAUGGACAACAACUCGCAAGGAUCGGGGGGAAUGAAAGCAGGUUUCGGGGGUCUCUUUGGAGGCGGUGCACCUGAAUACUCCAACACAGAGCUCGCCGGUGUCCCGUUGACUGGAAUGAGCCCUCUGUCCCCUUACCUCAAUGUCGACCCUCGUUACCUGGUUCAGGACACAGAUGAGUUCAUUCUACCCACAGGCGCCAAUAAAACAAGAGGAAGGUUUGAACUGGCUUUCUUUACUAUUGGAGGCUCCUGCAUGACUGGAGCAGCACUCGGAGCUGUAAACGGUCUCAGGAUGGGCCUGAAGGAGACCAGCGACAUGGCGUGGUCCAAACCUCGUAAUGUACAGAUUCUUAACAUGGUGACCAGGCAGGGUGCUUCCUGGGCCAACUCUUUGGGUUCUGUGGCGUUGUUGUACAGUGCUUUUGGUGUGGUGAUAGAGAAAGCUAGAGGAGCCGAAGAUGACAUCAACACAGUGGCUGCCGGGACGUUAACGGGGAUGCUCUUUAAAUCAGCAAGUGGAUUAAAGGGCAUAGCCCGCGGAGGUCUGGUUGGUUUAGCCUUGUCUGGUGCCUACGCUCUCUACAACAACUGGGACCACCUCACCGGCUCCUCCUCAUCCUCCAGGAUGUACUAGCCUUUCACCCACACAUCUGCUUCAACGUUAGGGCCAAAUAUCUCUCCAGGACACAGCCUUUAACCACAGCGCUAAGAGGAAUUAGACUCUGGUCAAAUGCAGUGUGCUUUCCAGGGAAGUGUGAGGUGGCCCCAGUGCGCUGGUUUCCCCCCAAAAGCCACUUUCCUUUCCCAGAGCAUUCUGGGAAUCAAAAGAUGUGUCUGAAAAAGAAAUGCAGACAAAAUUCCACAGGAUAUUCAGGUGUAGAGUAUCACCUCUCCCUUCAUUUGUCUUUAUCCUCCGAGGUAUUCCUGUCACUGCUCUGAUCAGUAAUGAGAACACCCUGUGAGGAUGUUACUUAGAGCUGUGUCAUUACUUAUAUCAUUGUUUAUGGGAGACUUAUUAGUCUUCUUUGAUGCUAGUAUUGAAAUCAGUGAACCCAUGGCAUUUGGGUUAAAUGAGCCAUUAUUAAUUUGUAAGAUGAUUUGUGACAUCUGGUGUGUGGUUCACCAGGUGAAUGGCAGCAGAUUUGUGUUCUGAUAUUGGACUGAAAGACUCUUCUGUUUGUAGAAGAGCAAAGAAAUCUUCAACCAAGACUUGCAAACGCAGAACAAAGCCUUACGGUCAGUUCUACUCUUGUAUUUAUUGAAGUGUAUCUGUGGUGGCGUGCUGUCAAUAUAAGAUAAGAAAAAUCUUUUAUUAGUGGGGAAAACUGUCUCCAUCAUAUGUCUCCAUCAAACCCACUGUACUAAAAACUAAUAAAAAAUGGGAAAUGUUCACAAA